AUGGCGGAGGAAAUAAAGGUACAUUCAGAGGAAGCUCUGACGGAGGAAGAGAUUUUUAACCAAGAUGCCCCGAGAAAAAAACUCAAGGUCACAAAUGCCUUUCAGCAACUCAUGAAUCCGAAUAAACCAAAGCCAAAGCAGCAGCAAAAGCCAGAAAGAUCAACAGGAGGAAAUCCAUUCAAGAAUCGAAUGGGGCUGGGGGCGUAUCUGGACGAUCCAGCCUCGUUUCCCGCCUCCAUUGUCAUUGCACACGAUAACGAGUUUGUGGUGAUUCACGACAAGUUUCCCAAGGCUACCGUGCAUACUCUGAUACUACCUCGCUCGUCUAAAUGUAAUCUUAAACAUCCUUUUGACGCGUUUGAUGACCCUGAGCUUCUCGUCAAGGUCAAGGUGCAGGUUGAAAAGGUCAAGAGCCUCGUAGCGGCGGAGCUGCAGCGCAAGCUAGGCACCUAUUCAGAGGCAGAACGCGACAGACAGGCCGUUCUUGAUGGGAAGGUUGAUUUGAAACCGGGUCAGGAUUUGCCCAAGGGACGAGACUGGGCUAAAGAGAUCAAGGUUGGUGUGCACGCGGUGCCGAGCAUGACGCAUCUGCACGUGCACAUCUUGUCGCGAGAUAUGCACUCUGAGUCGCUGAAGCACCGCAAGCAUUACAAUUCAUUUGUGACUGAGUUCCUUGUCGACAUUGACGAUUUUCCAUUACCAAAAGAUGACCCGAGGAGACGGACAAAAGAGGAGGGGUAUCUGGCGAGGGAUCUUUGCUGUUGGCGGUGCGGCAAGAAUUUUGGAGCACAGUUUAAGCAACUAAAAGAGCAUUUGGACGGGGAGUUUGACAAAUGGAAGCGUGAAUAA